UAUAAAACACCAACCGCCAUUUUUUUAACUCCAUCCGAGGUCUGCUUCUCCGCCUCGAAGGUUCAAAGAAUCAAUCACUCUUCCCUCUCUUUCCAAGCUCAGCAGGAUAAAAAGUUGAGGAAAAGAGAAAAUGUCUUCGGCUAUGAAAGGAAUAGUUAUAAGGAGUACGGCAGAUGUAUGUAAGCAGGGGCUAUUCAAGGGAAAGUACACGGAUCAUCAUCAUUUCUUUGAUCUCGUUAGAGAGAACCGUUCAUUUCUUGGUGCGAGGCCAAGGUGUGUCCGUCGUCUUGGAGUUGCUCGUUGCGUCACCGAAGAAUAUCCCCGUAGUAACGGAAAGAAGUUGUCGAGUUCGAAACAGAGGAAGGUUGAGACGGUGGCGGAAGCCAUACUUACGCCGGUGUCUGAUCCAACACGGACUAUGGAGAAGAGAGUAUUUACUUUUGGAAAAGGAAGGAGUGAAGGCCAUAAGGGCAUGAAGUCCCUGUUAGGGGGGAAAGGAGCAAACCUGGCAGAGAUGUCCAGCAUUGGGUUAUCAGUUCCACCUGGACUUACCAUAUCAACAGAAGCAUGCCAGGAGUAUCAGCAGAAUGGGAAGAAGCUACCAGAAGGCCUGUGGGAGGAGAUAUUGGAAGGCUCGAAGAGUGUGGAAGAAGACAUGGGUUGUAUCCUUGGUGACCCGGCAAAGCCACUUCUCCUCUCUGUUCGCUCUGGUGCUGCGAUCUCGAUGCCUGGUAUGAUGGACACUGUCCUUAACCUUGGACUGAAUGAUGAAGUGGUUGCUGGUUUGGCCGCAAAAAGUGGGGAGCGUUUCGCUUAUGACUCUUAUCGACGUUUCCUCGAUAUGUUUGGAGAUGUGGUAAUGGGUAUUCCACACUCAUUGUUUGAGGAGAAGCUAGAGAAAAUGAAGGAAGCAAAAGGAGCUACACUCGACACUGAUCUAACAGCAUCUGAUCUCAAAGAGCUCGUAGAACAGUACAAGAAUGUUUAUGUAGAAGCCAAGGGUGAAAAGUUCCCUUCAGAUCCAAAGAAGCAGUUGUUGUUGUCCGUUAAGGCAGUUUUUGAUUCUUGGGACAGCCCAAGGGCCAUGAAGUAUAGAAGCAUCAAUCAGAUAAUUGGUUUAAAGGGAACAGCAGUAAAUAUUCAAACCAUGGUGUUUGGAAACAUGGGAAAUACUUCAGGGACGGGGGUUUUAUUCACUAGAAAUCCAAGCACUGGAGAAAAGAAACUCUAUGGAGAAUUCCUAGUAAAUGCUCAGGGAGAGGAUGUUGUUGCGGGAAUUAGAACACCAGAAGAAUUGGACACAAUGAAAAGUUACAUGCCUGAGGCUUACAAAGAGCUUGUGCAGAACUGUGAGAUUCUUGAGCGACAUUACAAGGAUAUGAUGGAUAUUGAGUUCACAGUUCAAGAAAAUAGGUUAUGGAUGCUGCAAUGUCGAUCUGGAAAGCGUACUGGUAAAGGUGCAGUAAAGAUAGCUGUAGACAUGGUUAAUGAAGGACUUGUUGAUAAACGUGCUGCAAUUAAGAUGGUGGAACCACAACAUCUUGACCAGCUUCUUCAUCCACAGUUUGAGGACCCUUCUGCUUACAAAGACAAAGUGGUUGCCACGGGGUUACCUGCUUCUCCUGGAGCAGCAGUGGGGCAGAUUGUGUUCAGUGCUGAUGAUGCUGAAGAAUGGCAUGCACAAGGAAAGAGUCCCAUCUUGGUAAGGACAGAAACCAGUCCGGAGGAUGUUGGAGGUAUGCAUGCGGCUGCUGGGAUUUUGACAGCUAGAGGUGGAAUGACAUCUCAUGCAGCUGUUGUAGCACGUGGAUGGGGAAAGUGUUGUGUUUCUGGCUGUUCAGAUAUUCGUGUGAAUGAUGCUGAGAAGGUUCUCACAGUUGGAGACAUGGUGAUCAAAGAAGGAGAAUGGUUUUCACUAAAUGGUUCUACUGGUGAAGUGAUUCUAGGAAAACAGCCGCUAGCUCCUCCAGCAUUAAGUCGUGAUUUAGAAACCUUUAUGUCUUGGGCUGAUGAAAUUAGGCGCCUUAAGGUAAUGGCAAAUGCUGACACACCUGAAGAUGCACUAACAGCGAGAAAUAAUGGUGCUCAAGGGAUUGGCCUUUGUAGGACAGAACACAUGUUCUUUGCUUCAGAUGAGAGGAUAAAGGCUGUCAGAAAGAUGAUAAUGGCAGUAACACCAGAACAGAGGAAAGCAGCUCUUAACCUCUUACUUCCUUAUCAGAGAUCUGACUUUGAGGGAAUUUUCCGUGCAAUGGAUGGCCUUCCAGUAACUAUCCGAUUGUUAGACCCUCCACUUCAUGAAUUUCUUCCCGAAGGUGACCUAGAACAGAUAGUAAGUGAGUUAACUUCAGAGACCGGCACGACCGAAGAUGAAGUUUUCUCAAGAAUUGAAAAGUUAUCAGAAGUGAAUCCCAUGCUUGGUUUCCGUGGCUGCAGGCUGGGGAUAUCGUAUCCUGAACUAACUGAGAUGCAGGCGCGUGCAAUCUUUCAGGCUGCUGUCUCAAUGAGCAACCAAGGAGUUAAAGUUCUUCCUGAGAUAAUGGUUCCCCUUGUUGGAACCCCUCAGGAACUUGGUCAUCAAGUCAGUUUAAUACGGAGUAUUGCAGAGAAAGUGUUCUCUGAGAUGGGUUCUUCCUUAAGCUAUAAGGUGGGGACAAUGAUUGAAAUCCCCAGAGCUGCCUUAGUUGCUGAUGAGAUUGCAAAGGAAGCCGAAUUCUUCUCCUUUGGAACCAACGAUCUUACUCAAAUGACAUUUGGGUAUAGCCGAGAUGAUGUUGGCAAAUUUCUUCCCAUAUACCUAUCCAAAGGCAUUCUUCAAAGCGAUCCAUUUGAGGUACUUGAUCAGAAAGGUGUUGGCCAACUCAUCAAAAUUGCCACAGAAAAGGGUCGUGGAGCUAGGCCUAGCUUGAAGGUUGGAAUUUGUGGAGAGCAUGGAGGGGAGCCUUCUUCUGUUGCCUUCUUUGCAGAAGCUGGAUUGGACUAUGUUUCAUGCUCUCCAUUCAGGGUUCCAAUUGCAAGGCUAGCAGCAGCUCAAGUUGCCAUCUGAAAAGAAGAUCUUGAGAGCUACCAAGCAACUCCAUGUCGGAUGAAAUUCUGUAACUUUCCUAUGCUCUUGUAAAUAAAUUUCUUGCAACCGUAUUGCUGUCAUAUUAAAAGGCCUAAAAAGUAAAGUACCAUGAACAUAUGAUUAUACAAAAGUGUAAAUACUGAAUAACAGUCAGCUCCUAUGAUAUUGACACGAGUUGGAGCCGAGACUUGAGAAUUACAAGAAAAAGCUCAGCAGGCCUAUAUCUUCUAAUUCUGUCUUUGUAAGCUCAAUAGCAUGUAAAAUAGGAUGGCUUGUUAUUUUGUACAAGUAAACUAUACAUGUUCUUAUCAUAAACAUUUAGGUCACAAACUAACAUGUUCUUAUAAUUA